CAGAAAUUCGCCUUGAGCUGGCAUAAGCUAUGAUUAGAUUCAUAUUGUUCGUCAACAAACAGGGCCAAACAAGGCUUUCUAGCUACUAUACAUGGAUGAGCAUUCCCGAACGUGUCGCUCUGGAAGCAGAGAUCAUCCGAAAGUGCUUGUCCCGCUCUGAGCUUCAAUGUCAGUUUAUAGAAUACCGGGGGCAUAAAGUCAUUUACCGACGGUAUGCGUCACUAUUUUUCAUUGUGGGUGUAGAAGGAGAUGAUGCCACGGGAAGUGCCCACAGCGUAAGUACAAAUGGUGGGUGCGAGAAUGAGUUGGCCAUCUUGGAAUUUAUCCAUGCCUUGGUGGAGACUUUAGAUAAGUACUUUGAAAGCGUCUGCGAGCUGGACAUAAUGUUCAACUUGGAGAAGGCACAUUUCAUUGUUGACGAAAUGGUAAUUAAUGGACACAUAGUGGACGCCAACAAGACAAAUAUCUUAAAACCAAUACACCUUAUGGAGAAAGCAAGCGCGAGUGAGGAGUCGAUCUUUUCGAGGAGAGGAUAGGGCCUUCGUAUAGCUAAAACGGGAGGAUGCG